ACGGGGCGUGACGUAGAGCGCAGUCAGGGCUGCAGUCGUAGUGGACUUCACUCCGCGCUUCACGUUCACCGUCAGCGCGCAGCAGAACCGGAUCCGAACAAGCUCCGUUACACACCUCCCUACGGAAAGUCUAACCAGACACCCCAGAUUUACCAGCGCCGAACGGACCGGACCGGACUGGACCGGGUGGUUGGGUGUGGGUGAGGGGACACACAUGGAAACGCCAUGUAGCUGGAAAUACGGCGGUGGACUUCUUCACGGUUUCCCUGACGAAGGAGCGAAGUGAGCCGCGAGAGAAACAUGCUCGCCCCGAUGCCGGCCUCCCUGCUGCCGCCUCUCCUCCUCCUGCUCUGCCGGAGUGCUUUCUGCCAAUACUCGAGCGACCAGUGCAGCUGGAAGGGCAGUGGUCUGACCCACGAAGGCCACGCCAGAGAUGUGGAGCAGGUGUACUUGCGCUGCUCCCAAGGCUCCCUGGAGUGGCUCUACCCCACGGGGGCCAUCAUCGUCAACCUCCGACCCAACACGCUGUCCGCCGCCGCCGCCCGCCUCUCCGUCUGCAUCAAACCCCUGGCGGAAUCCAGCGGCACCAACAUCUACCUGGACCGUAACGGCAAGCUGCGGCUCCUGCUGCGCGACCAGGACCAGGCGCGGGGCAAGGUGCAGUGCUUCGGCAUCCAGGAGGGGGCUCUCUUCAUCGAGGCCAUCGCGCACACGGACAUCAGCCGGCGGACCACGGCGUUCCAGUACGAGCUGGUCAGCGACAGGCUGGGUCCACAGGCACGCCGCGCGGGGGGAGCACCCUGUCAGCCCUGCAGCGACGCCGAGGUGCUCCUAGCCGUCUGCACCAACGACUUCGUGGCGCGGGGCAGCAUCGAGAAGGUGGAGGAGGAGGAGGAGCGCUCGUCCGUGACCGUGGAGCUCCGGCGCCUCUACAGGCAGAAGACCCAGGUGUUUGCGCCCGGGGGCGUGAGGGUACGGCGGUGGACCGGCCACAUCAAGAUGUCCCCGCAGUGCGCGGUGAGGUCCGGGGAGGGCGAGUUCCUCUUCACCGGGACAGUGCGGUUCGGGGAGGCCUGGAUGGGCUGCGCCCCGCGCUACAAGGACUUCCUGCGGUUGUACGGCGAGGCGCAGCGGCAGGGGACCAACCCCUGUCACAUGGACACGGACUGAGCGCGUAAGCCGUCCUCCCGUUUUGAAAGAGUGACAAGUCGUCGCUCGGCGGGGAGGAGAACCGAAGCCGGAGUUCACGCUGAGGAGGCUGACGGACCGUCACGGUGGCGGAUUGUCUCUGUGUUUCUGUCCCUCCUCUCGAUCCGUCUCGUGACUCUUUUGGAGACAAAGGGCUCCUGAAUGUUGCCAAGCAGCAUGCUGGACAGCUUCGGCUCUCGAAGUCAAACGUGAUGCAACGUGGAAUGUGCUCGGACUGCUUUCCUCGCCGACGAGUAAUUCCCAGAAUUUAAAUGUAGCAAAACCCCCAUUUGGAUGGUAUUUGUAUAAAAUGUGAAUGAACAUUGUAUAUUUUGAAGCUCUGUGUGCUUUGUAAAAAAAACAAAAAACGGCUUGUUGUACAGUUUUGAAGUUACUACUUAUAAAAGAAGUGUAUAAAGUGAAAGCCUGUUUUUAUUUUGUUUAAAAAAAUAAUUUGCAAUUUAAUGCCUGAAUUCAUGUUUGUUUUUUCAGGCUGUACAAUUGUGGAAAAACAAACCAAAAAAAACUACUAGAACUAGAAUAAAAGCUUUGUUCCCUGGAUGAGCGUUUGACUUUGGCGUCUAAAAUAAAUAAUUGACAAAAUCCACA